ACAGCUCCAAGUUAAGUUCUGAUCUUCAUACUGCAAUUAACAAAAAUGGAGUGUUGUUAUAAUCCCAUAACAAACACACCAUUCUCUUCUUUCAAGUCUCACAAUCGUCAGAGCGUUUCAUCUUCUCUUGGUACAAGAUUUUCUAGGAGUAGGUUGUCAUCUGGACUUUCUAAUCCAUUUCUUAAAGUAAAUGACAGAGUUAAGUCCAUUACUCAUCAUCAUAAUACAUAUGGUUUGAGUACCUACAAGAGGACCAUAUAUGCAGAAUCUAGAAAUCAAGGCUGGGAUUUUGGCAGAUUUGUGAAGACAUUGUACUUCUUUAAUGGACCUCCGUCACCAAUUAAGAUCUUUGAAAGCCUAAUAGCGAAUCUUUCUGGUCCAUCAUCUAGUGAACCUGAAAAAUCUAUGGAUUCUUCUGGAAUAGUGUUAGUGGCUGGUGCCACCGGUGGUGUUGGUAGAAGAGUAGUUGAUAUCUUACGGAAGAAGGGGUUACCCGUUAGAGUAUUGGUCAGAAAUGAAGAAAAAGCUAGAAAAAUGCUAGGCCCAGAUGUUGACUUGGUUAUUGGAGAUAUUACCCAAGCAAGCACUCUACUUCCUGAUUACUUCAAAGGGGUUAAGAAAGUGAUUAAUGCAGUUUCGGUUAUCGUUGGUCCAAAAGAAGGAGAUACUCCUGAUCGGGCCAAAUACAGCCAAGGGAUCAAAUUCUUUGAACCAGAGAUUAAGGGGGCUUCACCUGAAAUGGUGGAGUAUAUCGGAAUGCAAAAUCUGAUAAAGGGACUAAAGGAUAGUGUCGGACUUAAAAAUGGAAAAUUAGUGUUCGGAUUUACAGAUGGUUCAUCCAGAGACCUGCCUUGGGGUGCCUUAGAUGAUGUUGUGAUGGGAGGAGUUAGUGAAAGUUCAUUCCAAAUAGUCCCGAACGGCAGUGAAAAUGGUGGACCAACGGGUCUUUUUAAAGGUGUUGUUUCCACCACAAACAAUGGGGGUUUUACCAGUAUUAGGACGAAGAAUUUUGAUGUUGCAGAAAAUCUGUCUGCAUAUGAUGGUUUGGAGUUGCGCCUUAAUGGUGAUGGCCGUCGUUAUAAACUUAUUAUUCGCACUAGCCGUGAUUGGGAUACUGUAGGUUAUACCAUAGGUUUCGACACCGCAAAAGACCAAUGGCAAUCAGUACGAGUGCCUUUUUCUUCUUUAAGACCGAUAUUUCGGGCGAAAACAGUAGCAAAUGCCGUGCCCUUUGACCCAAGUCAAAUCAUAUCAUUACAGCUAAUGUUCAGCAAGUUUGAAUACGAUGGGAAACUUAAUCCGACCUUUGUUGAAGGUCCCUUUCAGCUUCCUGUAUCAAGCAUACGUGCAUAUAUAGCAGAUCCCAUAACUCCAAGAUUCGUGCACGUGGGAUCUGCCGGGGUUACAAGACCUGAAAGACCUGGACUUGAUCUAAGUAAACAACCACCUGCUGUUAGAUUGAACAAAGAACUGGGAUCUAUUCUAACAUUCAAGUUGAAGGGCGAAGAUUUGAUAAGGGAAAGUGGGAUUCCGUAUGCGAUAGUUAGGCCUUGUGCACUAACUGAAGAACCUGCAGGAGCAGAUCUCAUCUUCGAUCAAGGAGACAACAUCACGGGGAAGAUAUCGAGAGAAGAAGUUGCUAAAAUUUGUGUUGCUGCUCUCGAAAGCCCGAAUGCAUGUGACAAGACCUUUGAGGUGAAGUGUGUGGUUCCGUUUAGCGAACAAUACACAAUAGAUCCCGAAAACCCGCCACCUGAAAAAGACUACGAUGAAUACUUCAAAUCGUUAAAAGAUGGCAUUACAGGAAAAGAAAUCUUGGAAAAAACACCUGUUUCUGUCUAAACAAACACAACUGUAAGUAAUCCUUCAUACGUAUAUUUGUGAAACGGGUAUGUUUCAUUUGUUAUAAUUGUUCGUUCUUGUGUAUCAGUUGGCGAUUCAUGCCAGUAUUCCGAACUCUUCGUGUGAAGCAGAUCGGAAGAUAGAUCAUAUCGUACGUAAAAUUCAUAUACAUCCCUAUUGGGC